AUGGUUAUAUAUUUAGAUUAACGUGGCCAUAACUAUGGAAAUCCUUGCUGCUGAAUUUAAUCUGCUUGGAAUUAUCUAUUUUGGGAGUGCUGGAGCUCUUAAUGAUUCGUUGAGCAUCGGUAAUGUUGCUGUACCCAACUUAAUCGGCUCCACUGGACUUUGGACUUGGCAGCCAAUCAAUGCACCAAAGGAAGGUCUGCUCAAGUUCGGAGAGUUUAAUUAUCCAGAGAAAGGAGAAAAUUGGCUAGGAAGUGUACAGUAUGACAGAUCAACGGUGUACAUCAAUGGGACAUUCAAAGAGCGUUUUUGGAUUCGCGUUACUCCAGAAUGGCAAAAGAUUGCAGAAGAGAUUUGUGAGGUCGACUCAGUUCAAGUUGUUCAUGGAUUAAGGAUCUCCAGUGCAGAUACAUACGUGAACAAUGAAGCAUACAAAAACUUCCUUUACAACACUUUUAAGACCUCAGUUGUGGAUAAAUCGAGCGUUGCUGUGGCAUUGGGAGCUUAUACAAACGGAAAGAAAUUUAUUUUGUUCAGUGGAGUUUCAAAUUACGCAAAUGGAUCAGAUGUGAAAAACAGUACUUUGGCCAACGCAAAUGCAGUGAAAGUAUUGGAUCGCUUCAUUCAACUGCUACUUUGGCCUGUUCCUGCUUCUUAUGAUGAUUGAGUGAAAUCAAAUUGUCUUGUUAUUGUGGCUAGCAAGCAAUGUACGUAGUAAAUAAGCUUGCCAAUAUCUACGUAGUCGUUUGGAUUUUGUCAUGGUGUGCUGCUAUUAAUAAUAAUUAUGUUUAUUACUUAAA